AUGAUAAUUAAUUCAUCAAAUAAAGUCAAAGUAUCUCCAUCUUCUAAAACUAUCGUUUCAGCUGCACGUUCACGUACAAUUCGUGCUAGUCGAGAAUUAAAUUUAUUUUCUGAUAAUCCAUUUUGGUCACCAAUAUUAACAUUGAACGAACAAAUUCUUAGUACUCGACUUUUUCUUAUAUUUAUUUCAAUAUCUCUAUUAGUCGUUAUUGGUUAUGCUAGUUUAACUAUUCGAACACAUGAUAGAACUUUAAAUAAAUUUUCUAUAUCGGAUUUUGAACGACUUGAAACACUCUAUCCAAGUACAAUUAAUGUUCCAUGUACUGAAGUAUCAAUACCUUUUAAUAAAUUUUUGGAUUUUUCUCCUCGAUUUCAUCAAAUAUGUUUAAGUCCAUUUAUUGGAAAAAAAUGGAUCUCAUCUUUAUUUCUCCUUAAUGCAACAUCUCAUAAUAUUUUGGAUUUUCGUACAUUUGCUUUUUCUCAAUAUCGUUCUCUUCGCUUACUUUGUCAUUUAGCACGUCAAGCUGUGAAUGAUACUCAUCGUACAUUUAAUUCUACUCAUUUAGUUAAUCGUAAUGCUUUUUCACGAGCUCAGUUUAAUGAAAUAGCUUCUGUUCUUACUGAUAACCUUCAUAGAAAUGUUUUAACAAAUGAAAAACGAACUGCAAGAGUAGUAUCAACGAUUAUAGCACAGAAUCGAUUAUUAUCAGCUUUACAUACAAACUAUUAUGUUCAAUCUAUACCUGGUUCAAGAACAUAUACAACAUUUCACACAGUCUAUUUAGAAAUAAAUGAAACAGAGAACUCAUUUUGUGAUUGUUUAUUGAAAGCAAAUCAAUGUACAUAUCCAGCUGGUGCUUUUUAUAAUUGGACUUUACCAGAAUUAGGAAAACCAGCUAAAAAUAAUCCACCACCUCAAUUUCAGGCAAGUAAAUUUUUUUUUUUGAUUAUAUAA